AUGGAGGAGGUUCUGAUCCGGGAAAUCCGAGUCGAACGGAUCAAGCAGGCCCAAGAGGAAGAAGUCUGGAUCGCCGGCAUGAAGAAGUAUCUGAGUGGCUCAAUCGCAGAACUCACACAAGCGGAAGGAAGAUCGUAUGGCAAGAUCGCGGCCGACGACGAGGUAGACGAGCAGGUCCCCGAAACGUUGCAACCGGACGUCUUACAUCACUAUCACACCACGUUGGAAGGAGGACAUCAGGAAGUGGGCGAUCCUACCAGCGGAUGA